AAAAAAGAAACCAAAAACAAAAAAACCGUCGAAGUGUUGGUUCAAGCGUCGAGAUCUCGAGUCUUUAGUGAAAUUCUGUAUAAAAAAGUAAGUACGGCCGACGGUCGUACUUGGCAGUAAGGCUUCAAGAUUGCUCGAAAAUCGUCGAGAGAGGUGCGCAGGGCAGGAAGAGCGAUGGAAAUCGGGGGUGCAGCGAUGCAAAGGAUGGCCGCUACCGGAGGGCCCGGGCCUCUCAGCCUUCAGGGCCCUCCAAGGUCAGUGAAAAUCUCACCCGUUAACAUACAAGACGAACCCGGUGACCUUACUUCUCAAAAGAGUACAAGUUCGCAUUGCGUGGGAUGUGGUGGUCGAAUUCAUGAUCAAUGGAUUUUGCGAGUUGCACCGAAUCUGGAAUGGCACGCUGCUUGUUUGAAAUGUGCGGAAUGCCAGCAAUUUUUGGACGAGCACUGCACCUGCUUCGUACGAGAUGGAAAAACUUAUUGCAAGCGAGAUUACGUCAGGCUGUUCGGGACAAAAUGCGACAAGUGCAGCGAGUGCUUCAGCAAGGAUGACUACGUAAUGAGGGCAAGGAGCAAGAUUUAUCACAUAAAGUGCUUCCGAUGUUCAGCCUGCAUGAGACAGUUAGUGCCUGGCGAUGAAUUUGCCCUGAGACAGGACGGCCUGUUUUGCAGACACGACCACGACGUUCUCGAAGGCGGAAAGCUCUGCUCUGGACCUGGUGGUGUUCCUGGAAGUGAAAACAACAACAACGCAUCCCUUAUGAAUAAUAAUCAUCAUCUGCAUCCCAACGACGGCUCAAUAUCAGACUCCGGAUCUGAGAGUGGAUCUCACAAAGCUGGUAUGGGUGGCACUCGAGGAUCGGGCAGCCAUAAAAGCGGCGGCGGUUCUGACGGGAAACCAACCAGAGUUCGCACCGUUCUAAAUGAGAAACAACUUCAUACUUUGAGGACUUGCUAUGCCGCGAAUCCGCGGCCGGAUGCGUUGAUGAAAGAACAAUUAGUCGAGAUGACAGGCUUGAGUCCACGAGUAAUCAGGGUAUGGUUCCAGAACAAACGGUGCAAAGAUAAAAAGAAAACGAUCGCCAUGAAACAACAAAUGCAAGAAAAGGAUGGCCGUAAAUUAGGCUUUGGUGGAAUGCAUGGCAUUCCUAUGGUGGCAAGUAGUCCUGUAAGACACGAGAGUUCUAUAGGAAUGACGCCAUUGGAAGUGCAAGCUUAUCAACCACCGUGGAAAGCUCUUUCAGACUUUGCUCUGCACACUGAUUUAGACAGGCUAGAUCCUAACACUCCUUCUUUCCAUCAUCUGGUAUCACAGAUGCACGGUUAUGAUCUUCACAGCGGACCACCACAAUUACCUCCACCGGGAAUGCUCGGUGGACCAAUGAACGACGGUGGAGGUGGUGGAGGUGGUGGUUCUCUACCACCCCCUGGCCCACACCAUCCCAGUGGUGGUGGUCCAGACAUGGGUCAACACCCCGACAGCACAGAUAGCUAUGUAACUUACCUCGAAAGUGACAGUGACUCUCUUCAUCAUGAUACAGGAAGUCCAUAGUGUUGUGCAGUGUGGCCAGAACGAAAGUGUCCGCUUUCUUCGUGGUCCAUUUUCAAUAAGUGCUUAAAGAGAAUUGUAGUCUGCGAGAACAAAUAGAGUGAUUGUAAAUGGCUGGAAACGA